AUGAGUCUUCAAGACACCACCAACAAGAUCGUCGUCGGAAUGACCGACGUCAAAGCAGAAGAAAGACCUGUUCUGCCGGUUGAAGCCCGCCCUGACACCGAAAAGCGUCAGAAUGGCAAGCUUGAGCCCAAGACCGUUCUCAAUGAGGCAGCCAAGAAGCUCGAGGACAUGAGACUGCAUUCAGAGACCGACGGCGGCGAUCAAGAACGAGAUGUCACUCCGAAGUCCACCCCAGCCAGAAUUGUCUCCGUAUCUGGCAGCGGCGAGUCCUUUCCGGCGAUGUCUCCAGCUCCAGAGUAUCCAGAUUUCAUGUCAACAGUCGAUCCCUAUGCUAUGACAUCUCCCAACCUACCUCCCACUCGACGCACCUCUAAUGCUGGUGCAAGCGCAAGCGUCGUGGUCUCUUCUGCGCAAGCGGAUCUACGUCUCCCUGGUCUUCGACGCCGCCUGACAAGAGCCGACUCAUACACCACAACUGCCGCAAGCGAAAGUGCUACAGUCUAUUCCGAAGCCACCCGUAAUCGUCUCAAUGAGGAUGAUCGCCGUCUCGAACAAUUCAUCCUGGACAACGAGUCCCCCAAAAGCAAGCCGCAAACCGCCGAACAGAUCCCGACUGAAUUGCCAGAAACGCUGAAGCAUGGUUCGUAUAGCUUUGUGUGCUCCUUUGGUUGGGUCGGUGACGAAGAAGUGGACCUUGAAGAGACCCCAUUGAGCCGAGAGUCGUACAUUGAGAAGCUGGAAGACGCCAAGGACGGUAUCGAUUUCGUUGAGAAAGCUGUCAUCAACUACCAGAACGAAAUCAACUCCCGUGGCCAUCACAAGUUCCGAUCCGACUUCCUUCAACACCAGAACACUGCGUGCAUCCAGACUUUGGACCAGCUCGGUGAGAUCAAAGAGCACGUUGACGAGGUCAUCGAGGAGAUCAACAGCUUCUUGGGAGACGACGAGGUGGAACUGAAGGAGAGACUUACUGUGGCAUACAAACACGCUUUGCCUUGGGUCAAGCGAACGCGUCGACUGGUCUCGGAGGCCCAUAUCUUCUACAAGCUGAACUACGUCCUUGGUCGUAAGACCGCCAAGGCCACAAAGGGCAAGGAGCGAAGCAAGCCUAUGCUACCCACGAUUCCAGCUGGGCGUCGUUAG